AUGGUAGAGAUUCAAUCUUGUUCCGUUAAUGUUAACAUAGUUAAUCAAUCCAGUAGUACUACAUUAUGUGCUAGAAACAUAAGUUGUAGUUCUUUAGCGUUUUCUUCUGAUCCAUUAGAGUGUGCAGAAAAAGAAAGUGGUAAUGUUUUGGCUGAGGUUUCUGCUCAGCUAGAGCAGGAACGUCAGAAAAAUGCCGAGCUUAUGGAGAGGAUAUCCUUACUGGAAGCUCUAUUACAAGAUAGAGCUACAACAAAUGAACAAGAUCAUAGGGACCAUGCUGCAGCAGACAGAAGUUUGAAGGAGUUAAAGAGGCAAAAGAUAGAACCAGACAAAAGUGAGGCUACAAAUGUGGAUUUUCCGCAAUGUUCCGAAAUGCUUAUGGAGAUUAAUAAUGGUAGUGCGCAGUGCAUGACUCUGGAAAUGUCAGAUCAACAAGACCGUGUCGUCAACUGGAUGAGCAUGGAUGACUCCCAGUUUCUUAAUUUGGAGAGUGUUAAAGAUGUUGAUUGUGUUGCGGAUUGUGAAGUUGAUACAGAUGACACUGAUGAUGAUGACUUUGAGGACGAAGAUGAAACUGCUAUUGAUGAUAAAGAUGUAGAAAAUGAUGAAAACUCUCAAGUUCCUGAUACAUCGAAAGACCAUUUCAAUGAGGGUGUUACUGAGAGUGGAAAACAUAUAGAAUUCUUGGAAACAGCUCAUGAUAGUCAUGGUGAAGUGAAAGUGCAAGUAAAUGAGACUAACAAAACGGAAAUCAGAAAACAAAGGAGGAAAGAAUGCAGAAAAACUGUUAAAGGAAUUAGCAAACCGCAGUUAGAGAUUCAUAAUUGCAUACAAGAGACUGGACAUAAAGGAUUUGGAAGCAUGUCAUCAAACAAUAAACCCCUAAAGGUCCCAUUUUGCCCGAAGGAAGUCAAGAAAAUUAUAGAAUCCGAGGCGCUCUCAUCAAAGAAUGCUCAAUCCCAUACGAUACGAAAGAUCAUUGUGUUUGCUUCUCUCGGUAUUCGCCAUGGAUGUGAGGAUAUGUAUGACUUAAAUUUCAGUCACUUUAGCAUACUGCACAAGGGAGAGCCAUAUGUGUCUCCAAAAAGUCCAGGGGAGCAUGUUCUAUAUGAAAAUCCUGGAGUUCGGAGGAAAGUCUUCUAUCCAAAUCGGCAGAAUGCAACACUAUGCCCUAUUCAAAUAAUUGAAGAGGAGAAAGCUAUGCGUCCGUCUGACAUGAGCUGCCCAUCAUGCUUAUUUUUGUGCAUCAAAUAUGGUGGAAGGACUAGAAAUCUUCCUCAAAACGAAUAUGUCAGGCAGCGUAUGGGAAGAAAUAAGCUGAAAUCUUUUGGACCACUGAUGUGUCAGAUGGCAAUGUUGGUGCAUGUUCGUAGCGGGAGCUUCUUUUUCAAGGCUUUGGGCAUUACACUUCUAUUUAUGGCUGGUUUUCCAGAUGAAAUUGUUCAAAGGGAGACCAAGUACCGUAACUUGGACUUGCUUCAAAAAUAUUAUAGGAAAGAUGAAAAUGCUGAAGGAGAGGAGUUGUUUCAUCUGUAUCCAAUAGUCUACGAAGCUACUAGUCCAAAUCCACAACAAUUACAUGGGAAGGCAACCAAAUCAAGUGCUAAGAAGCAAGCCGGUUUGACAAGUAAAUCUCAAAAUACGCCGAGAGCCUUGAGCAUACCCUCUGUUCCUUCAAGCUCUGUACCUUCACAAUUCGGACUUAUGGGAUACACCACUCUUCAAAAUCAUGCAUUGGCAUCAUUUCAAGGCAUACCAUCUCACACUCAAACAGAUACUCCACCAAUAUCAAAUGUCCAAAUUGCAGGUUCUGGUCCUAACAUCUCUUACCAUACUGGUCAAACACCAUCCCCUUUUCCGAUAAUUCCAGGCCACCCAUCAAACUCAUUCAUGCCGAUGAUGUAUUGGCCACACCUAAAUGCAUUUCAAUCUUGUCCCUUUCCAUCCUCAUAUGGAUACCGAUCCUUUCCUCAUUCGUCUAAUUACAUGACUCUUCCUCAACCUUUUUAUGGACACCCUUUCAUGACUCACACAUUGGAAAGAACUGAGAAGAAAGAUUCAGCACUCCUGGUGGAAACUAAGAGUAAUUCUGACAGUUCAAGCAGUAUUGAAUCGAAGGAAGCUUAA